AUGCACUCCUCGAUCUUUUUUUAUUCUAUCACAAGACCCUACCCAUUCCGAUGGUUUACUCCAGUGGUAAUAAUUGGCGGGUUUAUCCUCACGGUUAUCUUCACCCUUCUGAAUCUCAGCUCAAGCGUAUACUAUACAAAAGCUAUCUACACAACAUACCCCAAUGCAACCAUCGAGAAACUCAACGCGCGGUGGUUUCGCAGAGCACCGUUCAAUUGGCAAGGUGACGCGAAAGCUGAAUGCCAACCUGCCUUGCUAUCGGUCGGCAGCUCCAUUUCCACAGCAAACCUCGGCUUCAGAUAUCAGAUCACGGGCGUCAGGCCCGUGUCUGGCAACGACCAUUCAUCGUCUUCUCUGCCUGGUUCAAUGCGAUACAUGAACUCCCUGCUGCAGGAUUGCCAAGUGCAAGAAAUUUUCAUCUCCCUCAAGAAGGUUGACCCUUCUAAGCCGCCGUCUUCAACAUGGAACUCUUGA